AUAACUGCAGAGGAGAUGUUGUGCAGGAGCUUCAUAUUUAAGUGUUUAUUUAUCGUGUAGUGUCUUUGUGAGAGUGUUUGAGCAGCGGGCAGACAGACAGACAGACAGACAGACAUGCAGCCGUCAUUGGAGUCUCUGGUCAGACUGCUGGAGUCUUACAGAGGAAGAGAUAAAGUUAUCCGUACGUGUUGUUAUGGCUCGCAGUUGGUCGGAGGAGUUCUCUCCCGGAAGGCAGAAGCAGACGUGUCAUCCCAGCGGCUCGGGCAACGUCUGCUGCUGUUUUCUGCUCAGCUCAGUCACUGCAGGACGGUGCUGAGGCUGUUUGAUGAUCUGUCCAUGCUGGCUUACUCCCACAGCUACGGGUUUGGAGGCGGGGAAGAGGACGCAGCUGUGCGCUGGAUCUCGGUGCUGACCAACAUGGCUGACCAGCUCUACUACCCCUCUGAACACAUCGCCUGGGCCGCUGACGCCGAGCUCAUCAAAGUCAAGUCUGACAAGUGGUGGCUGUUCAGCACGGUGCUGUGGGGGACUUCACUGCUGCUGGGAAUACUCAGAUCACUCCGCGUUCUGCUGCUACUGAAGAAGAAGCUGAGGAGAUGUGAAAGGGAUGGAGAAGGCAACAGUCGCUCUCAGCUCCGCAGACAGAUGCGAGGGGAGGCCCUCUCCAUCCUCAGCAGCAUGGCUGACCUCAGUAACGCCAUUCACUGGAUGCCGCCCGGCUUCCUGUGGGCAGGACGAUUCCCUAACUGGCUGGUGGGGCUGAUGGGCACCAUCUCAUCUCUGAUUGGUUUGAUUCAGAUGAAUGCCGGAGAUAGUGAUGAGACAGACAGCGCAUAGUCUUCACCUCACAGUGAGGAGUAGCUCAGGUGAAUGAAUCAUGUGUACUGGUGGAAAAUGCUGAAUGAAAGGAUGAGCGGCAGAAAUUUACUGUGAUCAGACUUCAGUCUGACUGUCAGUGGAGUUUAAUGUCUAUUUUGAACUGAAAAUGUCUGAAAAAGAUAAAAUCAUCUUGACCUAAUACUAGUAGAGUUGUAGCUAAUCAUCCAAGUGCUUCAUCAGAUGUGACUGGAAGCCUCUUGAUCUUCAGUUCAGUCAGUCAUCGAACAGUUUGCGGAGAGACUUGAUGAUGAGAUUAAUCAAUCGAAUGUACCUUUACUAAACUCGUCUUUCUCAGUGGCAUCACAAUCACACAAAUUGAAUUUAUUUUCAGCUCGUGUUGUUACAUGCAGAUGAAAGUAUUCACAUAGCAUUUUAGCAUGGUGUAGGGUUUCCUCAGAAAGCAGUAUUCGGUCAGCAUCACAACUAAGUCCUAAUGACAUUGUAGUUAACUGGGGGCAGCUCCUGGAUAAAUCAACUUAUUAAGCACAUUAAGUACCUCCUACUUACUCUACAGGGACAGCAGUGGUUGUGUUUAGAAAUUAAAGCUGUGUAGAUACAAUGAGAUUGUGGGAAGAGUGGUAAAUUGUUGCCUUAUGUGCAUACACACUCCAUACACCUAAUGUUCAAUCGUACAUUCUUUCUUCUACAGUGCAGAUUCAUAAAUAGUGGAUUAGUCAUUUCACUUUUUUUUUGUGAUUUUUACAAGUGGGUUAGUUGGAUCAUUUAAGUAAGAAUUAGAUUUCUGUCACAUCAUCUUUAAAAGGACCAACUUAAAUGUUGUAAUAUCCUCAAGCUACAGCACAGUAACUGUAGUCAUGAAUAAGCUCCUCUGGUGUUGAAAUAAGCUUAUUUGUGUUUGAGAAUCAGUAGAAAACAGCCCACAGUUACACUAAUAAGGUUUUAUAUGGAAACAGUCUGUGUCACUGGUGAAACGAGACGGAAGCUGCCUGGAGUCAAAUGUUAUUUCAAUUAUGUAAACUAAUUUUUUAAAUAAAUUGAGUUGUCUGUG